AUGGCCUCUCGCUGCAGAUCUUUUUCAAAGCCGGCUUUCUCUUUUCUCAAAUCCACGGUGAACAAGCCGACGGUCAAACCCAGACCUAUGUCUUCUCUCCCCACAACCCGCCCUUCCCUCACACUCUCAAGGCCAACACCUCAGUUGGGUUCUCUGCAAUCUUUACUUCCAUUUCACUCGGCGGUCUCUUCAGCUCGGCUCACGUCGUGCCUCGGCAUUGACUCGAGGAGCUCGAGGUCGUUGUCUCAGGGUAUGCUUGGUGCAAACCCAGGAGUUUGA